AUGUCACCUCCUCACGCGGCAAAAUGGAUGCAGACGCACCGCGCACAGUUCGGUAAACGCCCGCUCAGUGGUCUCACCCUCCCUGGAUCGCACGAUGCGGGCACGUAUCAAAUUAAGUUUGGCACAAGUGCUGCCUUGGAGUCCCAUGUCAUCACCCAGGAAAGAUCGAUCUAUGAUCAGCUUGGCUUGGGUGUUCGUAGGUUCGACAUCAGACCCACGCUCGCUUCCGAAAAUGACGAGACAAAACCUUCUUGGAAUUCUGGACAUUACAGCAACACCACGAUCGGUUGGCAAGGCGCUAGCUGCACUCCCAUCGAUGACAUCGUUGUCGACGUCAACAAUUUCACCAGCGAGAAUGCCGAAUUGAUCGUCUUGGAUGUGUCGCAUGUCCAGGCAUUCCAAAUUCACACCGUGAUAACAGACCAACGAGGUGCCAGUGAAGCCGAUUGGCUUGAUCUGAUGGAGAGGCUGUCCAAAAUCGAGAGGCUCUUCACGAUGGACCCACCGGAACGCAACAAGAAGGCCCUUCAGACCUAUGACGUCGAUACCUUCAUCGGAAACAACAAGGCUGCAGUAAUUGUUUUGGUGGAGGACUGCCCUUACCCAGAUCAGCUAUUUGCACAUCGCUUGUGGCCCAAAACAAUGUCCAACGGCCAGGAAUUUCUCGACUCGUCGGGCACAUCGAUUAACCGUCCACAGGACACAGAGGAUGCUAUUUUCGCGACGUUGAAGACACCGCUCGAAAGUAUCUUUGGAAACUCUAGCUCCGCCCUGAGCAUUGCUCAAAAACUUCAAGAGGAGAAAUUCCCCGAUGUGCUCCAAAAGGCGAUCGACGGUCUGCCUGCAAACCUUGCCACCGAUAGGAUCAUCAAUGCUGAUCUCCUGACGUUCUGCAUUGCGAUCAUGUACCUCAAGCUCAACAUCGCCCAAGGCUUGGAUGGCAACAAGAUUGUCGUCUAUGGCGGUGCCCUGAUCACUGAUGCAAAGGUGCAUGACCGAAUUCAGCAGGCGAUCGACAAGGGCACGUCGUUCGAGGUGUCAAACGACAAUCUCGGCACCGAUCCCUGGCCAGGCCUGAAGAAGUCCUGCGGCGUGUAUUACAAACAAAACGGGCAGAUCAAAGGCCGAUGGGCACCUGAAUUCUCUGCCCUUCUUUUUAGCUAGCCCUUCCCUGAUCGAGGUCGUGUCU